AUGUGGCCUCAACAGGCGCAGGCCGCUGAUGCAGUCGAGAUUCUGUCCAAGACGCCUGCUUGCGCUUACGACUGUGUUAUCGACUCUUUUAAGUCUGCUGCCUGCGGUUUGGGAGAUGUGACGACCUGCGUCUGCAGCAACAUCACGUUACAGGCAGAGUUAUCAAUCUCCGCUGCUGUUGUUGAAGGAGAUUUAUGCGCGGCGUAUCCCAAAGCUUCACGCAGCCUCGCUGUAGAGCGUACCAUCAUCGUUGGCUCUGCCGUUGUGUUUCCCACUAUCGUCCUUCGACUGUUCGCCAGAGCGAGAUACGCCAAAAGACUCUGGAUCGAUGAUUACAUCACAAUCCUGGCUGCCGGCUUGCUGGGCGCACUCGCUACUACGUAUCUAUAUAUUGCAUACAUCGGAUUUGGGAUGCACUACUGGACGAUUCAGGUUGGCAACGGCACCGUUAUUCUCAAGCUCUUGUAUGUUGGUUCACUGUUGUAUGCAGUACUCCAAGCCGUCGGAAAGCUAUCUAUCGUUUUAUUCUUGAUGCGGAUCUUUCCUUUAACUUCCUUUCAGCGACUGGCUCGUGCUCUGACUCUAUUGAUCUUUCUGCACGGAGCGGCCUUGCUUAUACCUAGUGCCAUACAAUGCCUGCCCAUAAACUCGAUUUGGGACCGGAAUAUAACCGAAAGGAGGUGCGUUAACCUUACAGCCGUCGGCUACAGCAAUAGUGCUCUGGCAAUAGCGGAAGACGUUGCGAUUCUUGUACUUCCUAUCCCACAAAUAUGGCGGCUACAGAUCUCGCUCCAUCGGCGUCUUGCAUUGCUAGCCCUAUUCAGCAUCGGCUUCUUUGCUUGCUUAACCUCCAUGAUUCGGAUGAAAUUUCUAGUCCAGUACGCCGACACAUUUGACGCGACUUGGGACCAUGUUGACAUUGUUAUGUGGUCUUUUAUCGAACAGGCGGCUGCCUUACUCUGUGCCAGUUUGCCUGCUGCACGCCUUUUGGUUGUGAAUUUGCUCGCCCACCUCAAAUCGAAGCACCGAUCUUCGUCGAGAUCACAACAGGGGCACUUUCGGACUCAGCAUACUCCUGAUGGAAUAACAUCUCUUGGGGUUGACGAACCUAGGAACCAAGACACACAUGAAGCGCAACAUUCUAAAAAGCCGGAUAUACCCUCGCCUCUACGGAUAAAUACCAACGGAGGCAUUACAGUUACGAGAGCAUUCGAAAUAUCAUGGCCUGGGUCGAAAGUGAGCAAUCAUAGAGAUACAACGUACGAUGCAAACCUCCUUUCCGUACCGCCGGCCACGCAUUAUAGGGGUUGA